AUGAAACUUUGUUACCUUUUGCUCUUGCUCUUUUCAGUUGUCACAGUUUUCACCAAUCCUAGUGCCUCAGAACGUUCACAUAUUUGGGAUACUAAAGAAGGAAAAUGUGUAGAAGUAUGUGGUCUUCCAACUGAUCAUCCAUUAUCCGAAUAUAUUUGCUUCAAAAGAUGCAUGAAACUCGAAUCAGUUCCGGAAUCAGUACAUCCAGAUAUUUGGAAUACUAAAGAAGGAAAAUGCGUAGAA